GAAGCAAGAACAGCACAACCAAAUCAUACAAUAUUUCUUUCACUAUACUUAAGCAUACAUAUCUUGUAAGAAAUAUGGUGGUGUCAGUGUUGUCAUACUCACAAAAGCCUCAUGUAGUUUGUGUACCAUUUCCAGCACAAGGUCACGUAAACCCUUUCAUGCAAUUAGCUAAAAUCCUUAACAAACUUGGUUUCCACAUAACCUUUGUGAACAAUGAAUUCAACCACAAACGUUUGAUAAAAUCUCUUGGACAUGACUUUUUAAAGGGUCAACCAGAUUUUAGGUUUGAGACUAUACCAGAUGGUUUGCCACCAUCUGAUGAGAAUGCAACACAAAGCAUUGGUGGACUUGUUGAAGGUUGUAGGAAACAUUGUUAUGGUCCAUUGAAAGAGCUUGUGGAGAAUCUUAACAAUUCUUCAGAAGUUCCUCAAGUUACAUCUAUUAUAUAUGAUGGACUUAUGGGAUUUGCUGUAGAUGUUGCAAAGGAUUUGGGCAUUGCAGAGCAACAAUUUUGGACUGCUUCUGCUUGUGGGUUGAUGGGAUAUUUGCAAUUUGAUGAGCUUAUCAAAAGAAAUAUGCUUCCUUACAAAGAUGAAAGUUAUAUUACUGAUGGCUCCUUGGAUGUCCAUCUAGAUUGGACCCCAGGAAUGAAAAAUAUCCGAAUGAGAGACCUUCCAAGCUUUGUUAGAACAACCACAUUAGAUGAAAUCAGUUUUGUUGGUUUUGGCUUGGAAGCUCAACAAUGUAUGAAAUCAUCAGCAAUCAUAAUUAACACAGUCAAAGAAUUAGAAAGUGAAGUCCUUGAUGCUCUUAUGGCCAUAAAUCCCAACAUAUACAAUAUUGGUCCACUUCAAUUUCUAGCUAACAAUUUUCCUGAAAAGGAAAAUGGGUUCAAAUCCAAUGGUUCAAGUCUUUGGAAAAAUGAUUUAACAUGUAUCAAAUGGUUAGACCAAUGGGAACCUAGUUCAGUGAUAUAUAUUAAUUAUGGAAGUAUAGCUGUGAUGAGUGAGAAACAUUUUAAUGAAUUUGCUUGGGGUUUAGCAAAUAGUAAAUUACCAUUUUUAUGGAUAAAUAGACCAGAUUUGGUAAAGGGAAAAUGUCGUCCAUUGUCACAAGAAUUUUUAGAUGAAGUUAAGGAUAGAGGUUAUAUAAUAACAUGGUGUCCUCAAAGUGAAGUACUUGCUCAUCCAUCAGUUGGGGUAUUUUUAACUCAUUGUGGUUGGAAUUCAUCACUUGAGAGUAUUUCUGAAGGUAAGCCUAUGAUUGGUUGGCCUUUCUUUGCUGAGCAACAAACAAAUUGUAGGUAUAUAAGCACAACUUGGGGGAUAGGGAUGGAUAUUAAGGAUGAUGUGAAAAGAGAAGAGGUAACUGAACUUGUGAAGGAAAUGAUCAAGGGUGAAAAGGGGAAGAAAAAGAGAGAAAAGUGUGUUGAAUGGAAAAAGAAAGUAGUAGAAGCUGCUAAACCAGGAGGUUCUUCUUACAAUGAUUUCUAUAGGUUAUUAAAGGAUGCUUAUCAUUGUGAUGCUAUUUAAUUUGAGAUGUCUAGUAGAAGCUGCUAUUUGUGAUAUAUAAUAUGCCUCUCUAUAUAAUAUAUAUAUGUCUUCUACAAAGGCAUGUGAUCCUUUGAUAAAUAAAUAAAAUAAUAAUGUGGUUUAUUGGCUUGUAUUUCUAA